AAUGGAAGAGAGGGAGAUUGGUGUUGCUUUUGGACCUGGUAUAAAACAAGAGUUUCAUGUUGGAUUGUGUAUUACUCUUGGCUAUGAUGACAUUCAUUUUAAUGCUGAAGCUUGUAAUCAUGAGAAUGGUGAGAAAUUUGAUAAGGAGGUGAACAGGAAGUAUGCUAAAGUCAUGGCAGCAAAGGCAUGGGAUAUUUCCUGUUGUUCUCCAUAA